GACCGAUGACGUUGAUGACAAAGGGAUAGGGAGAGCGAAAUCGCGAGGAAACCGAGACACGAGGGAUCGCCUGAUCGAAUAAUACAACCCGUGGUAAAUAAAAAUAGCGACAACAAAGAUGAACGCAUUGCUGUGGCUCGCUCUGAGUGCCUGCGUCACGUACGCGUUUAAUCUCGAACCGCGAAUACCUGUUAUCAAACGCGGCCUGGAGGGCUCCUACUUCGGCUACUCGGUGGCCGAGCACAUAGAGGCGAGAAUCACUCGUCGAGAUCCACAAGUUGGAUGCUGUGUUGGUGCACCUUUGGAUCAGAAUCGACAACCAAGAACAAAGAAAUCAGGGGCGUUAUGGCAAUGUCCGAUGUCAACAUACUCCAGAGAUUGUGUUCAAGUUAUUACUGAUGGACGUCUGCUGGGCGAUAAUCUAUUAAAGAGACCAUAUGAAUACGAAUCAUACGAUUCAAAUUUGGAAUCCGAUGAUUUAAUACCACCAGGAAAUGAUGAGAUAAAAGAUAAUCAAUGGUUAGGAGUGACUGUACGCAGUCAGGGAGUGGGAGGUAAAGUUAUGGUAUGCGCGCAUCGUCAUAUCGUAACAGCCGACUCGCAAUGGGGUCAGGGUCAAUGCUACAUAUUAUCCCAAGAUUUGAAAUACGACGAUUUGAAAAAACCGUGUUCCGGGAAACCUACAAAAAGUACCAACGAACAGUUCGGUUAUUGUCAGGCCGGAGUCAGCGGUUUAUUAACUGCAGAAGAUCGCGUGGUGAUCGACCCCGGGCCGCAUACUUGGCGAGGGACUCUGUAUCUAUUCACAGUGUCCGAUGAGUUUCUAACUAGAGAUAAUACAGUCUACAACGCACCGAUGCAAGAUAUCUCGCCCGUAAAUAAAUACAGCUAUCUCGGAAUGUCUGUGGCUGCUGGAAACUUCUUCGGCAAGGGUUUAGCUUACGCCGCGGGCGCACCUCGUUCUAACGGCACUGGCCGUGUUUUGUUUACCAGACGUGAUUUCAAGCCGGACAUGGAUGUCGCUCUUGUUCUGGACGGCGAACAAUUCGCAUCCAGCUAUGGAUACGAAAUCACAUCGGCAGAUGUAAAUGGAGACAAAGUAACUGAUUUGAUCGUAGCAGCGCCGUUCUAUUUCAAUAAAGCGGAAGGUGGAGCUGUAUACAUUUAUACAUCGCUAGAUAUAUGUAAAAAUAUCAGAGAUCCCGAGAAAUGUUUGCCUGUCAAACUCGUCGGUCACGAGGAAUCGAGGUUUGGAUUCGCGUUGACAAACUUGGGUGAUUUGAAUAAGGACGGAUACGAAGAUAUUGCAAUUGGUGCUCCAUACGAAGGGAAGGGCGCAGUCUAUAUCUAUUUAGGUUCGAAGAAUGGUAUAAUUAAAACACCAUCACAGAUAAUUCACGCUGAGGAUAUGCCCACGCCAUUGAAAACAUUUGGUUAUUCGUUAAGCGGAGGCAUCGAUAUGGAUCACAAUGGCUAUUCGGAUCUCUUGAUUGGAGCAUAUGAAAAUGACGCAAUCGCGCUUCUUCGUGCGAAGAUCAUUGAUAUUUCCACUUAUAUACGUUAUGCAAAGAAAGAUGGAAUAUAUCAGGAUACGAUAGAACCUAUCGAUCCUAAUCGAAUUGGAUGUUCGGCCGAUCUAGAGACAAAUCACACAUGUUUUACGUUUGAGGCUUGUUGCAAAACGGAAUCGUUAGUGAAGGAGGAAUCUAUGCAAAAUCUGAGAUUAAAUUAUUAUAUCGAAGCGGAAACUUAUACAGGAGCUAAAAAAUUCUCAAUUUGGUUCGGCGCUAGUGGAAAUAAUGCUCGCCUACAUUACGUUAAUCGAACAGUUACCUUAGAUACCACAAAAUUGGUACACUGUCAAAAGGAAAUUGUCUAUUUGAAGGAGAACACACGCGACAUUCAAUCGCCUAUUAAAUUCCGCCUGAAUUAUUCAUUGAUACAAGAAGAUCCAGUCAUGCCUCCGGAAGGUGCUCCUUUACCUGAUAUAAAGAAUUAUCCGAUACUCAAUCAGCAAGAAGCCGCACGCGUAUUCGAAGCCGUUUUUCAGAAAGAUUGUGGAAACAAUGAUAUCUGCGAAAGCGACUUACAAUUAUCAGCUAAACUGAAUUUAUCAGCAUCUUCCGUAAAACCGGACUUCUACGAGUUGCUUUUGGGCGAGAGAGAAGAGAUAGUGGUGGAACUCAACGUGGCGAACAUCGGCGAAUCCGCGUACGAGGCUCAAUUAUUUAUCGUUCACUCUCAAAGCUUGAAUUACAUUGCCAGCAAGAGCAACGACUCCAUAAUUUGCAAUUUAUAUAAUGCUACUUUGGUGUCGUGCUCUAUCGGCAAUCCAUUCAAGAAGGAUAAAACGGUAGACAUACAAGUGAGAUUCGAUCCCAAAGGUCUCGAGGAUAACGAAUCGCAAUUAAGUUUCACGAUUUUCGUAAACUCCACAUCGAAGGAAGUCACAGAAAAGCAACCUACUGUAUUGCAAGCUACUGUGUUGAAACGUGCCGAGCUCUCAAUUAAAGGGAGUGCAAAAACACAGUGGGCGUUUUACGGUGGUCCGGUAGUUGGUGAGUCCGCAAUAAAGUACUUGAACGAAGUAGGACCGAAAGUAUCGCAUACUUAUGAAGUGUUCAACGAAGGCCCAUGGAAAGUCAGCACUGUGGAAGUGCGCAUUUCUUGGCCUUACGAAGUCGCGAACGACAAAGCACACGGCAAAUGGUUGUUAUACAUGGAGGAGAUGCCGACUGUCCAAGCUUUGACAGAUGGUGAAUGUACAUUGCCACCAGGGCAUAUAGUUAAUCCUUUAAAACUGCAAGAUAGUAUCAAUUUUGACGACACCGAUAACAUUUUGCAACCUUCAACUUCACCAACAAUCUUGUACAACCAUACUAAUCAUAUAAGAACAACACGAGACACGGAGAAAGUUGUAAAUACGCGAACGAUUAUCGACAAAGACGGACAUCGCCAUCGUGUGGUUGCAAUGAAUUGUAAAGCCGGUACAGCCAAGUGUUUCGACAUAAUAUGCUACAUAUAUAAUCUACAGAGGAAACAGGAAGCCAUCAUAACUGUUAAAGCAAGGCUUUGGAAUUCUACUUUAGUGGAGGAUUAUCCGAAAGUGGAUAUGGUUAAAAUAGGCUCCAACGCUAGGAUAAUAAUACCCUCGAAUGUUGUAAUACAGCAAGAAAAUUUGAAGGAUGACCAUGCAAUUGCCGAAACGAUCGCUUAUCCAGAUCUGCUGGAUCAACAAGAAGCCGAACCCGUACCGGUGUGGAUAUACAUUGUAGCCGCGGUGGCGGGUAUGUUAUUGUUCAUUCUCCUUACUUUAAUAUUGAGAAAACUCGGCUUCUUCAAGAGACGACGACCGGAUCCGACUCUAUCCGGAAAUCUCGAGAAGCACAGGGACGACAAUCCCGAGAACGAAGCGUUAUUCAAGCAUUAAGACUUACAAAUAAAUCGAAAUACGUAAGGUAUUCGUGCAACGAAUUGUCAUAAUUACUUAAGAUAAGUACUUAUGGUGAAGCUGAAGAAGGAGGUAUAUAUGCGUUUUGCGCGCGCAACUUGUUUCCGAUUUUAUACUGCCUGAGUUUUUAUGGGACGCAUAUUUCGUAUAUAAUAUAUGUACGUGCAGCUAAGUACGGCGAAAGUUGGUAAACAAUAUAUUGUGAUAUUGUUACACUAUAUUAAAUAUAUUUUACACACGCGCGAUAAAUCUUUCUCAAAGACGUCCGGAUUAUUAUUGUACGUAUGUGAACACGACGCAUUAUAGAUGCCUUAACAUUUAUUAGAUACUUUCUUUACAGAAAAAAACGUAUAUUAUAAUAAUCUAUGAUGAAGAAACAUGAAUAUCAAGCAAUGAGUAAAAGUGUUAUUUUGAAAAAAUUAUGAAAACGGGAAUUAUUUUAAAAAUUACAAAAAAAAGAAUACUUGUUUUAAGUAAAAAGAUAGACACGAUUUAGAUGUUAGAAAGUGCCUAUUUAAAGAGUUAAGGCAUUUAUAAUAUUUAGUGUGCAAUAAAUGACCGGUUUAUCGAGUGGA